CCAUUUCUGUACUUUAAGCUCUAAAACCCUUAAACCUUUUCUCUCGUGAAACUUUGAAGCUCUUUAAUGGCAAUACGAGCGUUUUCGAGAUCAAAAAUCCCAAUUUUAGCUUCAAUCUUCCUUCAAAGCCUCGCUAAAGGACCCAUUAAAGAGGCUUCAAUUUUAGCUUUAAAACCUAAAACUCCGCUUGAGGACUUGAAUGUACAGAAUCCCAUAUCAGGGUUUAGGCUAUACCAUGAUGGGAGGCCAAGAGGGCCACUUUGGAAAGGAAAGAAGCUUAUAGGCAAAGAAGCACUUUUCGUAAUACUGGGAUUGAAGAGAUUUAAGGAUGACGAAGAGAAGCUUCAAAAGUUCAUUAAAUCUCAUGUUCUAAGGCUCUUGAAAAUGGAUAUGGUUGCUGUUCUUACUGAACUUGAGCGCCAACAUGAGACUGUUUUAGCUGUUAAGAUAUUCGAGGUGAUCAAAAAGCAAGACUGGCAUACGCCUGAUGUGUUUCUCUACAAGGACUUGAUAAUUGCAUUAGCCAGAUGUAAAAAAAUGGAUGAAGCAAUGAAGCUUUGGGAAAGCAUGAGAAAGGAGAAUUUGUUUCCUGAUUCUCAAACAUACACAGAAGUGAUUAGGGGAUUCUUGAAUGAUGGUUCUCCUGCUGAUGCAAUGAACAUAUAUGAAGACAUGAUAAAGUCUCCGGAUCCACCCGAGGAGUUGCCGUUCAGGAUUUUGUUAAAAGGCCUUCUGCCGCAUCCUCUUUUGAGGAACAAAGUCAAGAAAGACUUUGAGGAGCUGUUUCCUGAAAAACAUGCUUAUGAUCCUCCAGAAGAGAUUUUUGGCAGAUUAUGAGGCUUGCAUUUUGUACCCUUCGUCAGCUGAAAUUAAGUAUGAGAAAGGGAGUUUUCAUUUUUGAUCCAUGCACUGUACUGUUUUUAGGCUGCUUUUAACUGGGACGAGAAGAUAUCAAGACUCAAAUCAUGUGUUGUGAUUCAUGACUUACAGAUUGAAAAACAUUUGGUUCAUGUUAGUAUUGGAUCAA